AUGUUUGGCGCUCUUUUCAAAGUGAUCAUUUUUGUGCUCGGGUAUUUACUACCCGUUGUACUUUCCUUCCAUGGAUGGAAGAAUAAAAAAUAUGAAAUGGUGGAAUACUACUUAAAAUAUGUAUAUUUUUUUGUGGUUUUCGAGAAUGUUGUAACUCCAUCGCUUGGAGCAUUAAUUUACAAGAUUAGCAGUUUCAUAUGGUGCAUCAUCCACCUGGCCCUUUACUUCAUUUUGAUCAUCCCCAAGUUUAACUACCUGAACACUAUAUACGAUAAACUCAGCAAGGUCAACAGUCAGAACAAUGUUACUCUCUACAUCAACAAAUAUAUCGUUAAUCCGCUAAACGACAAGGUCAACAAAAUUGUCAAGAAGUUGAAGACCAUGUGA